CUUUGGCGCGACAGAGAUCUGAUUGCGAGGAUAUGCUUGGGUGCCUUGGACGGUCGAUGCUGACGAUCAUGAAUCCUCACCAUUGACCCGAUUACUACUGUCGCCCUACAAUCGUGGCCGUGCCCAAACCAGCCAGGCGCAUCUCCUUUCCAUCUGAUCUUUCUUGCGCACGCGACAAGACCCCAUCUCUAGCUGCGCGCAUCGCAGCCACACAUUUCCGACGAUGGAUACCUUACGACUUAAACCCCGCCAACCCGUGGAGGAUGAGGUGGAGAACUGGGACGACGAUGACUUCGUAAUCGGCGGUGAAGAUCUGACUUUCCAGAGCCACUCAACAUCUGCCAACGCCCCUUCGCAUCGCCGAGAUUCACAUUCCUCGUUCAUGUCCGACUUCGAAUCCAUACAUGGAGAAGAGGAGAAGCAUGUCCUUCUGCCAGGCGACGAUGAGAAGUCUACCCUAGACGCAAUCGCCGCAGCUGCAAAGGCUGGAAUUCCUAUUCCGACUAAUGUGCCGCCCUCGGCCUUGAUGGGCGGUACGAUUAAGAGACUAGGAGGAAGGAAAAUCAAGCAGAUCAUCCAGGAGGACUGGGGCGAUGACCUCGAGUUUCCCGAUGCUGGCCAGUCACUGUGUAUUAAGCCGCAAGACGGCUCCAAGUUUCCGGAUGCCCUGCGACAAGUUAGUGGCUCCACACAACCCAGCCCAACAAAACCGCCCAGGGCAUCACCCGCUGUCAUCCAGGGGGAGAGUGAACCCGGCAAAUCGGCUGUUCCUCCUGCCGCUAUCGAUCUGGACCGCUUCCGGGAUGACGAUGACGACGAUGACUUUUUCGGAGACGGCGCUGCAACCAUCAAAGUUGCUAAUAGCCGUCAUGCGCCCAAACCUAUCUCCCUGGUCACGCCGCCAACUCCGAAAAAGAAGGAUGGGUUGGAUGACGACUUUGAAAUGGAUUUCGAAUUACCAUCAGAUGGUAAGCUGAGACUCUCUACACGUAGAGACAUACCCAAGACACCUUCCACGAAUGCCCUGGACGAUUUCGAUUGGGGCGAAGGCAGCCUUGGGACGAGAUUUGGGGGCACUAGACGAGAUGCGCGAUCCAACCGCAGCUCCUCCGUCUCGGCCCUUAGCCCCAGCAUUGCAAGCUCAUUUACCGCGGAAAGCGAGGACGAAGCCUUGGAUGGCCUUGUGUUGCCGAGCGGACCGGUUAACUUUGGGGAGAGGCUAAACCGCCGGAGGAAGAGCCGCUCCCCUGAGCGGAUAGUCGAAGAGCCACCGAAGUCGGCCAAGACACCACGUCCACCACCGGAUGCGGACAAGGAGGAUUUCCUAUCCGGUCUCGACAUUGGUAACGGAGAGGUCUUCGAUUCCCGGAAGCUGACACUUCAUCGCAAUAUCCAACUCAAGGAGACCCGACCUGCUAGCCCGUCUAGACCAAAGACCACUGUGGCCCUCAAAUUCACCAGCAAACCUGCCGUCGUAUCCCGUCUUCCCAGGCCUAUGGGGCCAGUGAUCAGUCACGAGCGAUCGCAUACGCAGUCAUCCUUAGAACCUGUCUCUGAAAGCGGUGGUCCUAUCCCCCCAACGAGGCGUUCUCUCUCGCGCCUCGGCGGCCAUUCAGCCCAAUCCUCGAUAUCUAGCAUUCCAACCCCUACAACUCCUUCAUCUGCCCAAUCAUUACCUCCGUCAACGCCCCGAAGAAGAGAGCUCGGCCAGAAGACGUCGACAAUCUCUCUUCGCGAUGCGCCGACAACCACCAACGCCCAGCUUCUGCGGCUCAAGCGCUCGUUACCUGCAAUGAGGCCCCCGCAAUCUCCAGCCAGGCCUUUGACAUCGCGUGGUGGGUAUGACCGCCCACCAUCGAGGUCGGAUAUGACCUCCCGACCACAGUCGUCUCUGCGCCCCAAGACUCCGGUGGAUCGACCGAGGACGGGGGAGAGCGCCGCAUCAUUGGCGAGAAAGGCCCCGGUGCCAUUCUUGCCCGCUGGCGGCUCCGCAUCUCAGUCUCAUCACAUCACACACAAGUCCUCCCGAACCUUCCGGCGCCACGAUUCGGACAACGCCAUCGAUUUCCGACCCAGUUCCCGCGCCGUCUCUCGGUCAACCAUGCGAUCACCUAGUCCAAGGAAAUACCGGAGUGUGGAGAAAAUCGCCCAAGAAGGGGCCUGGCAUCAGCUGAACAAACCCCGCCGUGUCAAGCAAUUUGGUGACGGCCACGAGUUGGAUGGGUUUGAUGACCUCCCCACAUCAUCGCAUGCUGAGGCAAGGUACAUGAGACAACCCAUAACUAGUGGCCCAAAGGCACACCUGCGGAAUAAGAUCUACCAGAAUAUCUUGCCCGACAGGAACAGCACGCCAUCACCCCUCGGCCUUGGCCCCCAAUCUGCGAGAGGUGACUUUGUGCCGAGUUUCGCUCGCGAUACUGCUGCCAGCCGAAUCGCCAGGGAGACCAGCCUGGCACACCGGACCCCGUCGGGCGGCCCUCUCGCACCUCUCACUACACAACGCGUUGCUCAGCUCUCGACGAGAGGGAACUUGAAUCCCCACUUACCGCAGUCAACUGUGAAGUCGAAGAAGCAACGCCGAACCCAGCAGCUGAAGCCACAUUUGAUCGCGAAUCUGAAUCCACCAAAAGAGUCUAAGCUGGUGAAUGGCAUGUUUUACAAUCCCGAGACAUUCCGAUGGGAGGGCAAUGACAACGUCCUGAAUGCCUUUGACCCGCCAGCGUCAUCUCCGUCUACCGCGUCCAUGCCGCCGUUCAUGAUGCGCGAGAAGGAGAACUCGACACCGCGCCCGGCGCUGAUCACCAACAUCGGCGCCACCAAAGGAGUCCAGGUCGUCGGUGGCAUGGUCUUCGACCCGCAGAACAUGUGCUGGCUCAAGCUCGGCGCCCAGAGCGGCAAAUCCGACCAGGGCGAUACCAUGGACGGGUUUGACGCCCUCAACGACGACGAGGACGUGUUCAAGGACAUUCCGGAUCUGGAAGACCACACCAUGGGUGGUUCCAGCGACGGUGGCCAAGGGCGUGUCAGUGACGUCAAAGACGACUGGCUUGUCGGUGAAGAGUUCGAUGUCGGACCGGAAUUCGUGCGCCGCCAGCGCGAAGAGGAAGAUCGUUGGAGGAGGAAGUGCGAGAAGUGGAUUGGCGGCUACGGCGGAAACCGCGACAAGGAUGCUUGGAAGUGGGCAAUACGCGAUAUUGUCAGCGCCAGCGUCAGGGACUAACUAGCCCCCCUCCCUGCCCACCGAUCCGCUUCUUCUCAUCCAUCUUCACUUUCACUUACAACGUUCCCCCCCCCCUUUCCGGUCUGCUCCAGGGGACAGGAUGCCCCCAUGCGGCAUUCAAAUUUCG